CAGAUCCAGCAGCACCGGGUGGUGCGGAAAUGCUGCAGUGCACAGCUCUCGCAGAAAUAAUGCCUGCACUUGGUGACAACUGGGUUUUGGAAGGUCUGGCGACAGAUGAAACACUUGAAUGGUAUUUCCUCAUCAUCGCGUCCUAUUUCGUAGUUUUCGUCCUCAUAGACACCAUAGCAACCCUCAUCAAGCUCACGUUUGAUCUGCCGCCCGUGCUUGUAAUCUGAAUGGUCAUGGAGGAGGAACUUGCAGCUGUCUCCGAAGCCGCAGAAGCCAGUUUCCUCGUAGUCCUUACAGAUGUCGGGCUGGUAAUUCCAGUGCACGGAGAUGCUCCGGUGCUCGGAUGGGGCCCUUCCUCGCCAUCCCGGAGGAGGCACUGCCCAUCGAUGUGUCCUUGGGCUUUAUGCAUCUCUGAUAACUAUUGAUUCUCCGAUAGAUCUGUCAUCCUCCUUGCCCCGCAGCUCCGGCUGGAUCUUCUCGCUGCGCUCAAAGAUGGCUCGUGUGUCACGCUCCUUCUCAGCGUCCAGUUCUUAGACAGCUGUCGCCCCCAUGUCUUCUGGUCCUAGGGUUUCGCCCAGCGGGUGGACUUGUGGACCACGCUAAGAUUCUCCUGAUCCUUUUCUUCGCUACUCAAGCUGGCGUAGGUCUCCUGCUUUCUACCACUGUCACACGUCUGCUGCAUUGUUGGAUCGAUGCGCACCCCCUUCUUCUGCAGUCCGACCAGUGCUGCCUUCGUCACUGCUGCUGCUGCUGCUGCUGUCUCCGGGCUCCGGGUCGCAGACCCGGCGGUUUCGGCGGCCGGCUGUGCCCCUCCCCUCCCCCCCCCCCCAGCCUGUUUGAAGAGGAAGGUGCACACCUGAUCGGCCGACUGUCUCAGAGAAAUGCCCUGCCAUUUUAGGCAGUCGAGCUCCGAAACUGCAGCUGCGUGCUUGGUCGCUCGAACCCCUCCGGUCGGUCACCGCACUUAGUGCGCCCGGCUGUGAAUCUACCCCAAUCCCGAAAAGGAAAAAAAAAAAAAGCUGGUGAAAAAAAAAUGGCAAGAAAGCUAUAGCAAGCGUGAGCGUGAGUGCGGUCACUUUUGAGCCCUAGCGGACGCCGUAGCUUCCUCCCGAGACAAACAUACGGGACACCGUUCCUCUCUUGUGCUGCCGCGGGGCUUACCGGGAAGGGAACGGAAACUGGGUCACCUUUAGGGAGCUUGAGGGUACGGUUUUGGUGUUUUUAACUGUGCGGAGAUGUGGUUCGAGAUUCUGCCGGGACUCAGCAUCAUGGGCCUGUGCUUGUUCAUUCCCGGAGUGGCUACUACUUACAUCCAUAGGUUCUCCAAUGGAGGCAAGGAAAAAAGAAUUGCCCGUAUUAGAUAUCAGUGGGAGUUGAUGGAACGAGACAGGCGUGUCUCUGGAGUCAAUCGUUACUAUGUGUCCAAGGGCUUGGAGAACAUUGAUUAAGGAAGAAUUUUCCUGAUUGACGAAAACAGUGGUCAUCUAUUCCUGCUGGAUGCAGUAUAUUAUAUAGCAUGCAGUAUAUUAUGUAAUACCUAAUAAAAAUGAAAAAGAAAACUCAA